GCAGCCGCCGCCGCAGCAUCUUCUGCCCCUGCGCCCCCGCCAGCCCCGAGGAAGUCCCCGCCGAGGACCGGGGCCCCCGGGAGCGCAGGAGGAAAGACCAGACUCCCCUAAAACACCCAGAUGCCGAGGAUUGAAGCAGCCUAGCCAGAGCUUUCUGUGGAUUAAAAAAAUACACGAUUUUUUUUUUCCUUGGCAGAAGAAAAGGAGAGGAAGACCAGCGGGGCUCUGCAAGGAAAAAAGGGGGAUGUAACUCGUGGAUACGUUUUCUUCCACCCCUCGAACGUCUUGUUCUACUUUGUAAACAUUUUCUUUUUUUAAACCCCAGGUCCAGCCGGACACCCCCAGACCUCCGGGGGUGCGAGGAGGUGGUGUUUUUAAUUUUGGGCUUUGCAUAUUUGGUUCUUAGAUUUUUGAGAGCUGUCUUAACAUCUCAUGUGGGGUGAAGUCCACUCGGCCCCCUCCCCCGAGUCUUCGUGUGCACGGAAUUCGAGGAGAUCCGGUUACUAAGGAUAUAGAGGAAAAAAAUAAAUCGCGUGCCUGCUUUUUUUUUUUUUAAUUGCCUGUUCUCCCCACCCCCAAAUUAAGUUGCUUAGCAAGGGGGAAAGAGGCUUUUUCCUCCCUCCAGCAGCCCAGCCGAACGCCUUUCGUUUUUUGCCCCCGCGGAUCUUCCAUGUAGGAAGCCGAGGCUGGCGAGCCCGACACUCGGGAGCCGCUGCGGGGGGGCCUCUUUUUUGGGAGGCGCCGACCGGGGCAGGCUUAGCCGCCCGCAGGGAAGCGGCGGCCGCGUUCCUCCGGGGUGCGCCGGGGCCCGAGAGCCGCGCACGGCGCGGGCCGCGCGGGGUGGGGCAGCCAGAGCGCAGGCCCCCGAGCCCCGGCGGGCGCCCCCGGGCCCCCGCGCGCGCCCCGGCCUCCGGGAGACUGGCGCAUGCCACGGAGCGCCCCUUGGGCCGCCGCCGCUCCUGCCCGGGCCCCUGCUGCUGCUGCUGUCGCCUGCGCCUGCUGCCCCAACUCGGCGCCCGACUUCUUCAUGGUGUGCGGAGGUCAUGUUCGCUCCUUAGCCGGCAAACGACUUUUCUCCUCGCCUCCUCGCCCCGCAUGUUCAGGACCAAACGAUCUGCGCUCGUCCGGCGUCUCUGGAGGAGCCGUGCGCCCGGCGGCGAGGACGAGGAGGAGGGCGCGGGGGGAGGCGGAGGAGGAGGCGAGGUGCGGGGAGAAGGGGCGACGGACGGCCGGGCGCAUGGGGCCGGUGGCGGCGGCUCGGGCAGGGCUGGCUGCUGCCUGGGCAAGGCGGUCCGAGGUGCCAAAGGUCACCACCAUCCCCACCCCCCAGCCACGGGCGCCGGCGCGGCCGGGGGCGCCGAGGCGGAUCUGAAGGCGCUCACGCACUCGGUGCUCAAGAAACUGAAGGAACGGCAGUUGGAGCUGCUGCUCCAGGCCGUGGAGUCCCGCGGCGGUACGCGCACCGCGUGCCUCCUGCUGCCCGGCCGCCUGGACUGCAGGCUGGGCCUGGGGGCGCCCGCCGGCUCGCAGCCCGCGCAGCCGCCCUCGUCCUACUCGCUCCCCCUCCUGCUGUGCAAAGUGUUCAGGUGGCCGGAUCUCAGGCAUUCCUCGGAAGUCAAGAGGCUGUGUUGCUGUGAAUCUUACGGGAAGAUCAACCCCGAGCUGGUGUGCUGCAACCCCCAUCACCUUAGCCGACUCUGCGAACUAGAGUCUCCCCCUCCUCCUUACUCCAGAUACCCGAUGGAUUUUCUCAAACCAACUGCAGACUGUCCAGAUGCUGUGCCUUCCUCCGCUGAAACAGGGGGAACGAAUUAUCUGGCCCCUGGGGGGCUUUCAGAUUCCCAACUUCUUCUAGAGCCUGGGGAUCGGUCACACUGGGGAAUGGCUUUUGCCUCGGACAGCUCAAUUCGGACAACAAGAGUCAGCUGGUGCAGAAGGUGCGGAGCAAAAUCGGCUGCGGCAUCCAGCUCACGCGGGAGGUGGACGGCGUGUGGGUAUACAACCGCAGCAGUUACCCCAUCUUCAUCAAGUCAGCCACACUGGACAACCCGGACUCCAGGACGCUGUUGGUACACAAAGUGUUCCCCGGUUUCUCCAUCAAGGCUUUUGACUACGAGAAAGCAUACAGCCUGCGGCGGCCUAACGACCACGAGUUCAUGCAGCAACCGUGGACUGGCUUCACCGUGCAGAUCAGCUUCGUGAAGGGCUGGGGCCAGUGCUACACCCGCCAGUUCAUCAGCAGCUGCCCGUGCUGGCUGGAGGUCAUCUUCAACAGCCGGUAGCCCCAACGGGGAGAGGAUGGGGCGGGAGCCGAGCCGGCCCAGUCCAAACUACUUUGCUGCUAAUACUUUCCUCCCGAGUGCUUGCUUUUCACGCAGACUCCUUGGUCAUCGUGUGUAGUUGUUUUUUCUCCCCCCCCCUUCUUGUUCUUGUUUAUGUUCUGUUUUGUUCUUUGAGAAAUAGCUUAUGAAAAGAAUAGUGGGGGGGGUUUUGGGGGGAGUGGUGGGGUAUGGCUGGUAGAACACCCCAGUAGGAAAAGGGGAAGCAAGAAUCCGUACCACCAAACACACAAGGAUGGGGGGCAGGCCCUCACUUGGGGGUCCUCGAUUCCCUUGUCAGGGCGGAUGUGUGGGCGCGUGCGCGUGCACAUGCGUCUGCGCAUGCGCGUGCGUUUCUUACCGGGGCGUCUGCGGGGCGGUCUGUGCUCCAGGCUCCGUCUCUCCUGCCCUUUGGACGUGCUCAGCGGGGCAGAGGCAGUACCUGGGGCAAGCUGGCAAGCUGGUAGCUGCGGUUCCCAACAGCUGCCAGAAGCCAGGCUCAGUCCCCGCUCCUCCCACCCCGUUUCUCCCCUCCCCUUCUAGGACAGGGGCCUGUCUGCAGGCUUCUUAGAAGCAGUGCUGCAAAGAGGCUGAACCAGAACCAGCUGUUCCGUGCUUGUCUUCCUCCCCGUCCAGCCACCCUGCUGUCCUCGUGUCUGUCUUUUUUGGCCAUCUGCUCCUGGAUAUCUCCGAGAUGGGCUUCCUGAGGGCUGCCCGGCCUCCCUGGGGGUAGUAUUGCCCACCCAGGGCCCCUCCCAAGCCCCUCAGCCUCUCCCCUGCCCUGGUCACAUCAGGUUCCCCUCCCCUCCCCUCCCCCCACCCCACCCCUUCCCCUUCCCCGGACUCAGAAAACCAGCUCAGCACUUUGCUCCCCUCUGCCGUCUAUGUGUUGAGCUCUGCUGUUAGACCAGCGAGGGGAGCAGUCCUGGGAGGGAGACUUCUCGGCAGCCCCCCUUCCCACCAAGAAGGAUUCGGUCCAUCAUAACCCAAGGUACCGCCCUGGGCUGACACCUAACUCUUUCAUUUCUUCUACAACUCAUACACUCGUAUGAUACGUUGACACUGCUCUUAGCUCAAUGAGCAUGUUUAGACUUUAACAUAAGCUAUUUUUCUAACUACAAAGGUUUAAAUGAACAAGAGAAGCAUUCUCAUUGGAAAUUUAGCAUUGUAGUGCUUUGAGAGAGAAAGGACUCCUGAAAAAAAAAAACCCUGAGAUUUAUUAAAGAAAAAAUGUAUUUUAUGUUAUAUAUAAAUAUAUUAUUACUUGUAAAUAUAAAGACGUUUUAUAAGCAUCAUUAUUUAUGUAUUGUGCAAUGUGUAUAAACAAGAAAAAUAAAGAAAAGAUGCACUUUGCUUUAAUAUAAAUGCAAAUAACAAAUGCCAAAUUAAAAAAGAUAAACACAAGAUGGGUGUUUUUUUCUAUGGGUGUUAUCACCUGGCUGAAUGUUUUUCUAAAGGAGUUUAUGUUCCAUUAAACAAUUUUUAAAAUGU